AUGUCGGACGACGCCAUCGAGACGUUUUUGAAAGUAUUCCGUGAUGAAGAUGAUCAUUGUCACGAUGAAGCAGAGACUGAACCGUUCCCGGCCUAUUUGGAGGGAAUCGAUACUACCUUGGCACCUUUCUGUCCGACAUCGGCGAGUCGUGUAUUGAAGGCACUGAAGAUGGCCCAGUUGACAAGGGGCGAUCGUUUGCUUGAUUUGGGAUCGGGCGAUGGUCGUUUUGUUACCGCGGCUGCUGCCAUGGGCGCGGCACGAGCGGUUGGCGUGGAGACGGAUGAUGCAUUAGUGGAUUUAUCACAAACACUGGCCGCGCGUGUUCCGAAUGGGGAAAAGACCGAAUUUAUCCAAGGGGAUUUACUGGAAAUACCGGCGGUGCGUGAGUUCCAAUGGACGGUGAUUGUUCUCUUUUUGCUACCAGAUCACACGGACAAGUUUGCCGAUCUCUUGUGGAAGCACUAUGAAAAUGGAGCGCGCAUUGUGAGUCUGGUGUUUAAUCUGCAAGAAAUCCCAGGAUUAGAACUCCAACAGGCCGACGAGCCUGAUGGCAUUUACGUGUAUUAUAAACCUCCCGGGAAUUUUUUGGGCUGA